GGUGCGGCUUUGGGCAGCGUCUUUGUUACCCCUCUUGUAACAUAUUUGUUGUGCCUAUCAGCAGGGGCAAACGUGCAAAAAUAAACUUGCGUUACGUACACUCGCGUCCGCCAAUGCUUCGGUGGCUAUGACUACAUUGUGACAUGUUCAGCGAUAAGAAUUGAUCAUGCGAUGAUUUGGCUCGAGUUGCCUUUUGCAAAGUUUUACCACUCGAUCGAAUGGGUCGGUCCGCGUUUCGCCCUUGCAUGUCAAAGGUCGGUUAAAGUCGUCGUGUUUAUGGCCCUGGAGGUCGUCUCGCUGCUCCUGUGCCCCGAGGCUACACGCGGCACAAUUCAUCAAGAUUUCGUCUCCCUCGGUGCAGGCCACCCGGCAUCACUCAGUUGUAGUCGCUCACACGACGCCAGGAUGCUCCAAUGUGAGAAAGAAUUCCACGAAGCGGCCAAACGGAAUGAUGUGGACGAAAUGGAGAAGCUGCUGAAGAAAGUGAAGGUGGAUGCUAAGAACAUGCGUGACCAAACAGCACUGCACUUUGCGGCAGGGAGUGGCCAGGAGGACGCCGUCAAAUUGCUUCUGGAGAGAAAGGCGAACGUGGACAAGGGUGACAAGUAUGGGAUGAAUCCUCUGCUCAUAGCGGCUUGGUUCGGACACCUGGAGGUUCUCAAGCGCCUCGUGAAUGGUGGAGGGAGAGUCUCCAGCCAGAACAAGAAUGGCCUGAACAUUUUACACUGUGCUGCUCAGAGAGGACACGUUGAGACUGUUAAAUAUACCUUGGAGUCCCUUGAAGACCUCGGCAUUGAGGGUAAAACCAACGCUGAGAAAACACCAUACCUACUGGCGGCCGAAUACGGACAACUUGCAGUUCUCGAGCUUCUGAUGGAUUACAAGUGUGCACAGGACGUCAGCGAUGGGGAGAAAAACACCGCCAUUCAUCUUGCGGCAAAAAGUGGCCACAUGCUGUCGUUGGAGCAUUUGUUGGAGAAAGGCCCUGGGAGAACUCUGGACUUUGUCAACAGCCAGAAUGCCAAUGGGAACACAGCCCUCCACUUGGCAGCAGAGGGAGGGCACCUGGAAUGUGUGCGGAUGCUGCUGGACUGUGAAGCGAUCUGCGAUAUCAACGCACUCAACAACGAGUCCAUGAACGCCCUUCAUAUGGCUGCCAAGCACGGCCACGAGCAGAUCGCCAAACUCCUCAUCGACGAGACCAUCGACAUCAAUGCGAUCAGCACGAAACAAGCCUCCCCGCUGCACCUGGCAGUUCAAAACAAUUACCCAAUCAUUGUGACCUUCUUGGUGGAAGCAGAGGCCAACAUUAAUUUGGUUGACUGUAGGAACCAGACAGCCCUGCACAUUGCAGCAGAAACUGGCUUCCAGGAAUCGGCAGACUUACUGUUGGCUGCAGGGACUGACUUGACUUUGCUAGACAAGCAAAAGAAGAGCUGCCUGGAGGUGGCAGCCAGGGCUAAUCAGGUCAACCUGGUGGACAUGAUCAUCAAAGCCGAUCGCUACUUCACUCGCAGAAAGCAAGAGGAGGGCAACGAGGAGAGUGUGCUUGGAGCAGUCACGUUCCGUCCAGACCGACGAGCCGAGACGCAGCACCUGAGAUCCGUUCUGUGGGACCUGGCGAGGGACAAACUCCGGCCAGAGGAGUGGCAGCAGCUUGCCACACAUUGGAAAUUUACGGAGGCACAGAUUCAGGCCAUCCAGCAGCAGUGGGAAGGAAAAAAGACCUACAAGGAGCAUGCCCACCGCAUGCUGCUGGUGUGGCUGCACGGUGUACUGGAGUUCAAUGAGAACCCCAUCAAGGCGCUGUACGAGGGGCUGGUUGGCAUUGGGCGCAGGGACCUGGCAGACUUGAUGAGGAGAAAGGCACAUGAAGAACAUGUGGCAGGAAAGAAGUGCACAGUGUCGUGACAUUUGCAUCGUCGUUCAAUGGAAAGACAAUUAAGGCCAUGCCUACUGAGAAAUAAUAAACACACCACAGAUGAUGUAUUUUCAUAAAUGCCAAAGAAAUACCAAUACUGCAUUGUUUACUUCAAUAUUUACAAGAAACGCAUACUUGUAGAAUCUACCAAAGUUAAAUUAUUAGCAUUGUACAAUGGGACUGGCGAGUAGGCAUUUUGUUAAUUCCAUGCAAUGCAAUUGCCUGUGUAUCUGACCGGAUAUAGCAGUGAGGGAUCACGUAACUUUUAUAUUGCUCUAGUUUAUCCUAGACUUGUUUUCAUAUAUAGAGCAUAACUUUUAUUCAGUGGAAGCGCAGGUCAGGAUGAGAAGUUUCAACCAGAUUGUUGAAACCCACUUUUAGUUACUUGUGCAUGUUUACAUGUUGAACUUCUUGCGCGUACCGUACUUAGCCAGCCGUGCUAAUCGGAGAUACAUGACACCAACAUGGGACCUUUUUGUAAGGAUCAAAGUAUGAAAAAAGAAUAGGUUUUACUAUUUUAUUUUGCAAGGAAUAAAGCCUGCGUUAACCACAAGUACGUGUGGUGAACAUGCAAACAGACUAGACCCUAAAGAAGGCUGUCUCUGGUCUAGGCCAGUUAGUUUUAAAGACAAUAUAUAUAAUUAUCAGAGCAUGUUCACCACAAGUACCGUGUGAUGAAUGUAAACUUGAUUCCUUGCAAAAGGUUUCUAUUUGGUGUUUGAACAUCUUAACACAAACUGUUUUAUUGCCAAAGUGUAAAACCUAUUCUUAUUUUUAUACAUGACACGUUUGCAUUUUAUGCAGCAUAUACAUAACGAUAUCUAUAUUUUGGAAUAUAUUCAUUUCUGUAGUAUAUAUAUUUUUGACAAAUAUUGUAUAAUGCUCCAUCUUUGGCCUAUUGUACUUCUCCAUCUAUCGCCUUCCAUAAAGCGGAGAACUAUUGAAGAUGCAAUGCA